GCCGCCGCCCGGACACGCUCGGGAGUGUGCGGAGCUCCGGGAGAUCGGGAUUCCCCAGCUCCCUACCUGCAGCCACCGCCCUGGGUCGGGGGCAUUCAGCAUGGACCUUCUGCUAGGCUUGGUGCUCCUGUGUGGGGUAGCUGAUCUCACCAGAGGUUUGAGUAUCACUACUCCUGAACAGCAGAUUGAAAAAGCUAAAGGGGAAACAGCCUAUCUGCCCUGCAAGUUCACCCUCAGCCCGGAAGACCAGGGGCCACUGGACAUUGAAUGGCUGCUGUCUCCAUCUGAUAAUCAGCAGGUGGAUCAAGUGAUUAUUUUGUACUCUGGAGACAAAAUUUAUGAUGACUACUAUCAAGAUCUGAAAGGUCGAGUACAUUUCACAAGUAAUGAUCUGAAAUCUGGUGAUGCAUCAAUAAAUAUAACAAAUUUACAACUAUCAGAUAUUGGCACCUAUCAGUGCAAAGUGAAAAAAGCUCCUGGUGUUGCAAAUAAGAAAGUUCUGCUGACUGUUCUUGUUAAGCCUUCAGGUACAAGAUGUUUUGUUGAUGGAUCAGAAGAAAUUGGAAAUGAUUUCAAGCUAAAAUGUGAGCCAAAAGAAGGUUCACUUCCUUUGCGAUAUGAAUGGCAAAAAUUGUCUGACUCCCAGAAAAUGCCCACUCCAUGGCUAGCAGAAAUGACAUCACCUGUUAUAUCUGUAAAAAAUGCUACUUCUGAAUACUCUGGGACAUACAGCUGUACGGUCCAGAACAGAGUGGGCUUCGAUCAGUGUGUACUUCGCCUUGAUGUUGUUCCUCCUUCGAAUCGAGCUGGAACAAUUGCAGGCGCUGUUAUAGGAACUUUGCUUGCCCUUCUGCUUAUCACUAUUAUCCUCUUCUGCUGCCACAGAAAGCGCAGAGAAGAAAAAUAUGAAAAGGAAGUACAUCAUGAUAUAAGGGAAGAUGUACCCCCUCCCAAGAGCCGGACGUCCACUGCCAGAAGCUAUAUUGGAAGCAAUCAUUCAUCACUGGGAUCUAUGUCUCCUUCUAACAUGGAAGGCUAUUCCAAGACUCCCUAUAACCAAGUACCAAGCGAAGACUUUGACCGUGCUCCUCAGAGUCCAACUCUUGCUCCUGCCAAGGUAGCCGUCCCUAAUCUAAGCCGCAUGGGAGCCAUUCCUGUGAUGAUUCCAGCACAGAGCAAGGAUGGGUCUAUAGUAUAGAGCCUCUGUACUUCCUUUGUGGUUUUGUUUUAUUCUCUGUGUUCCUUUUGUUCUCUUGCUACAGAAUCUUAAUCAACUCUAAAAUUUGUCAACGGCCUUGAAAUAUCUAAAGAAAAACAACAACCAUAUUCAACAAACAGAAAUUUCUGUUCACAAAUUUUUAUGUGGUUCUAUUGGGAAAAAAUAAGUGCAUUAUAGAUUGUAAAGAAACUCACCAUCUGGGAACAAAAAAGAUAGAUUUUCUUAAAGAGGUUGAUUUAUAAAGGUAUCUGAAUAUGAAUACUGAAGUAAGAUGUAGCACUUUGAAUGGUAGGUGCAGAAAUUUGCAGGCAUACCAAGGUGAUGCUUGAGGCAUCUGAAGUGGUACUUUAUAAUCUCAACUCUUAUUUUUAGGAGGCCUGUCUCAUUUAUUUAUGACCCAAUGAUGUCCCCAAAGUUAGUUUUAAAAAAUCCCUGUGAAAAACUACUUAGUUAUGUUUGUACUUAUUUCUGUAGAUUCGUUGAAAACUCUAAAUGUAUUUGGAGUAUCUCUAAUAGUACAAGAUACUACAGUGUUUUAGAAAUGACUUGUUUUCCUCCCAAAUUAUUCAUAACAAUUUGAGACAGGGUCUUUAUUAUAUAGCCCAAAGUAGUCUUGAAUUCUCAAUUUUCCCGCCUCCGCCUCCCAAGUGCUGGGAUUACAGCGUUGCACUAUCAUUCUUGGCUCAGAAAAGAUUUCUUAUUCAUUUAAUUAACUAAAAGGCAAAAAGGACAUAGUAACCUUGUUUAUAUGUUAAAGUAAAGGAAUACCUGUUACAUGUCCAUAAUACUUUUAGAGCAACAGUGGGGAUAGAAUUAUUAAUGCGUGGAUGAUCUGGGCAUGGAGGCCUCUAGUGGUCUUUGGAAACUGGCCAGCUAUACUGGGAUGUCAUAUUUCACAGUCCCCAAGCAAACACUGCUCUUCACUUUUGGUGAUGUCGUUCUACAAAGAAAAUAUUAUAACUUGUUUAUUAUCUGACGAUUAUAGAUUGGAAUUCCUCCUAACUAUGAAAUGUAAAUGUUAAGUGUACUUUUUGUUUUAGAAACAUGUAGUCCAAUCUUAAACUUAUUCUCUUGAGCCCAGCUCCUGAAGAAUGUGUUUAUUAUCAACUCAGUGAUCAAAUACGGUUUAGGCAAGUAUCUUCCCUCUGUUCUGAAUUCUGGACAUGGAAGAAUGUGGACACUUGCUAUUGUGUGGCCAAACUUGUCUUUGUGUAGAUAAGCAAAUCAAGCUGAGCUUUGAAAAAGUUUGAAUCUUAAUUUUGUGAAAGUGAUUUCUUCUUAAAAGAAUAAGGAGUGAAGGGAAUACUCCUAGUUGCCAAAAUGUAUUAAGUGCUGUUUUAGUAGAAGAAAGUGAAUUUAUUGUAUUUCCCUUCAGAUUUUGAGGGAGCGUGGAUAUAGUAUAUUGAGCCAACAGUUUUCUUUAUAGUAAAUAAGGUCUGCAAUAAAUUAUUUCAUUAGUUCUAAAACCUUUUCCCUAGAUUUUAGUAGGGAGUUGGUUUCUGUUCAUCUCUUUGGGUGCUGUGGUGGUAAACGCUACAUUAUAAAUUAAUGCUGGCAUGUAUUUAUGACUAGGCAGAGUACUGUGUAUGCCUUUUAAUGGUAAACUUAAGGCAAAUGUUGUGAUGGAUUAGUGUACAGUUUUGCAUACUUGGAAGCAUUUUUUUUUAAAGUAGGUUCUUAACUUUACAUACAAUUACCUUUUAUACUUGUGUUAACAUUUUCAUCUGUGCCUUUUGGGAGUGAUUUGAUUUCCAUUAUGACUUCUGGUGCCUAUGAGCUAGCUAUCACCUACCUACCUGGCAGGUGCUUAGAGGUGAAGGUACUGCUCUUUCUCAGAUGCAUCACUGUGACACCUUCCUAGCCUCUUCCUUUCACUCUUGUCUCCCACUCCUGUUCUUUUCCUUGUAGCUUCAAUGGUGAUGCUAUUCAAAGGUUUUUAAAUUUUUAAUAACCCCAACACUCUUUGACUGUGUUUCUAGUUUUAUAAUGGCUAUUUUUGAAAGGUAGAUAUUUGGCCUGUUUUAUAAGGUAUUGUAAGAACAACAACAACACAAUUUGAUAACAAAGCUGUUUAGAUUUAUGCAAUCUCUGAUUUUCAUGAAGAUUAUGCUAUCAGUGUAAGUAGAAAUUACCACAGAAAGUAGAUGUGUGCAAGAUUGUUUUUCCCUUACUUAGACUUCAUAUUUAUCUAAUGCCAACUUUCAAAAUCUCUCCUAGAAAAUGUUAGUUUAGAUUCAUACAAACUAUAAUAUGAAAAACAAACUUGAAAAAAAAUAGUGUAACCUGGACAGACUUCUUGGUUGUGAUUACAAUUAGAAGACAUAAUUUAAUUUUAGGCUUAUAUUGCCAGUUAGAAGCCAAACUGGAUCUGGUUCAGUCAGGUUAGAGCUUCAUAUUAUAAAGAGAAACAAUAACGUGUUAUAUAGUUCUGAGCUUUGAAUAUGAAGUAGUUUACACAUAUUCUUUUUCUUAUUGACAAUCUUAUUGUUUCCUUCUUAGCUUCCCACUCCCUGAGAAUGUCCUCUUAUUGGUUGCACUCACCAGUUACUCUAUAUAAGUUUUUUUUAUUUUAACGAGUUAUUUGUCAGGGGUUUGUUAGAAUGGAAACACAGCCUGAAUAGGUCUUGGGGGAAUUUAAUUGGAAAAAAAAAAUCCAAAUCUUUAUCGGUAUACAUUUGGAUAUAAAUCAAUAACUGAUUUCUGUCAGGUGUAGUUGACACACACCUGUAAUCCUAGCACAGGAGGAUUGAGAACUUCAGGCCCGACUAACAAUGAAAUUUAUCCUCAGAAACCAAUGCCUUGUUAUAGAGUUCUUAGUAGAACACUUGCCUGGCAUGCACAAAUGCCUGGAGUUGAUCUCUAAUCCCAAUGAAAAAGAAAAGAAUGUCAUGAAAAAGAUAGUGUUUGAAAACCUAAGAAACAGGAGCAAGUGAAAAGGCAGAUCAGCAUUUUGAUGAAAUGUUAAGAACUCAUUGCAUGAAGUUGGCUUUCAAAUUCUGUAAUAUAUGGCUUCUCAAAAUAACUAUUCUCAAGCUCUGGGUGUGUAUGCAGCAUGUAAACUGAAGUUAUGAAUGUCUGUAGUUUUUUCCCCUCUAGUUUUCACUGAGCACUGUUUAGGGUUUUCACAGGCCUUAUUUCAGUGUGGAAAAAAAGGUCCAUGUUUUAUGUGGUUAAUGCUUUGUUGUGUCACAAACAGAGUGCUUUGUAGAAAAUGUUGGCCCAAUUUUUACUUUUUAGUGUCUUGUGACAUUAUAUAUUAUAAAUAUGUACAUAGAUCUUUAUAAUGUUCCUGUGUUUAGUGGUAUAAAUGUUCUGGGCAAGUUUUAGUAUUUCAAAUGUCUUUGGAUAUUGCAGCAAUAAAGGCAACUUGUUUUGUAAUAGAA